CGAAAAUGUUCAUGGCUGGCGCGUAUUUUCUUGCAGCGAGAAAUUAUUUUGUCUUUAUUUAUUUUAAUUUUUUGUCGACUGUUUUACUGAUCACUUGGUUUUCUUCCUUCCAAAUAACUACACGCACGCGUAUUCCCUCUCUCUCUGUGACUUCGCCUUUCUGGGAGUCAUUCCUGUCAAACUAAAAUUCAACCCAUUCAUCUUUAUUUAUAAAAUACUGACGGGUGAACUGUACCCCAAACUCUCUUUGCUAUUUUGCUCAAGCAACAUUCAAACUUCUCCAAAACUUCAGGGUUACAUAUUCCUAAACCAUAAAACAUCAGAGAUACUUUCCAAUUCCAGGACCCUUGACAGUCAAAUUUUUUAAAAAAUGGUUCGCACUUUUUUCCUGAUGUCAAGAAUUCCUCGCCUGUGCACAAAAUUUCUUCAUGAAAAAGAAAGAUCUUUUUCUUAUACAAAUAGACUUCAACUGUCUCUCACACAGUCUCAGAGGAGUUUGCAGUUUAUGUCAUCAGUGCCACCAAGUUUCCUCCCCGUUGUUGAAGCGAACUUUAUCUACACUCUCAAGAGAAGAAAGUGAUUGGAAAGACAAAGAAAAAUCAUCAGAAUGUUCAUCAGAUCUUGAUAGCAGAGAAAGAAAGAGCACUAGAAAAGAAUCACCAUGGAGGCAGCCUAUAGCUUGGGAAGAACACAUGCAGUUCCCAGGACCCCAACUCAACUGGGAAUAUCUAUGUAACCCAGAUAACACAGAUAUUAUCCAAGCAAACAUUAGUAACAGAAAAGGAGUUGGAGAUAUUCAUAGAGUUCAUCAACUUUGGAAGGAGCAUAAAAAAAGCAGAAAAAAAAGCUUGAAUAUUCCCAAUUUGAGCCAUCCAGCCUCGCCACUUGGGGAAGAGGCAAAUGCUAAGCUUGUUGAGAAGCAUGGGCAGCAAAGAGAGUUCAACUUUAAGCCAAAGACUGUUGUGGAACUUGGAGAAGCACUACAGCUGCUAAAAACUAGUGAUGUUGGCAUGACAACAGGACCACGAACCUAUUAUUUUAUUGGAGCACUGGCUGAACUGGAGCAAGCACUAGUGAACUUCACACUACACAAGUUGCUGAAACAGGGUUUCAAACUGGUGUCCGUACCAGACCUGCUUUACCCGAAUGUUAUUGACAGAUGUGGGUUCAAAACUGAAGGGGAGAGAACCCAAGUGUAUAAGUUGCCAGUGGAGACAUAUGGGUUGGCAUGUUUGGCAGGGACUGCAGAAAUGUCCUUGGCUGGGCUGUUUUUAAAUGAAGUAUUAAAUGGCAGAGACCUUCCCAUGAAGCUUACAGCAGUCAGUCGCUGCUACAGAGCUGAAACAUCGGACAUUGCAGAAGAGAAGGGCAUUUACCGUGUACAUCAGUUCACAAAGGUGGAAAUGUUUGGAGUCACUGCGAACUGCAAUGAUGAAAGUGAACAACUCCAUCAGCUUUUGUUAGAUGUCGAAAAAGAUCUGUUUCUCUCCCUUGGUCUGCAUUUUAGAAUCUUAGACAUGCCAACAGAAGAAUUGGGUGCCCCAGCAUAUCGUAAAUUUGAUGUGGAGACUUGGAUGCCUGGUAGUGGCAAGUGGGGAGAGAUUUCCAGUACCUCUAAUUGCACUGAUUUCCAGUCACGCCGUCUAAAUAUUUGUUAUUUAGACUCUGUUGGGGGUCUUCAAUUUGCACACACUGUAAAUGGAACAGCAUGUGCAGUUCCCAGGAUGGUGAUGGCACUUUUAGAAAACAACCAACAGCAGAAUGGCAGUGUUGUGCUUCCGGAAGUUCUCAAGCCAUACAUGAACAGUGGCAACAUUUUGUGUCCACCUGGCCACCAAAAACGAUUUACUAGAAUUUCAGGCCGAAAGAGCAGUUAGUGAAAUA